CUGCUAGGAAUUCCCCGAGCAUCAGCGCUAGUCGAAGGGGAAAAGUACAGCCUUCUGUCAGGCACACGAAAAGUGCGGGGUAGUUGGCCAAUGGAUUGCGCUAUGGUGUCCAUGUCUCUGACUCACGGUAAAGAGGGACCAAGGAUUGAUUUUGUACACAUCUAAAAAUGCGGACGUGUUUCGCGACGACAGCCGCUUCCACGCAUUAAGCGAGCGAACGCACUUGAUGUCAACUUAUACGCGGACUACCACAGGCCUCCUCCAAUACAGGCGGAGUUUCCAGCCUUUUCUUUUCACCUGAGAGUGAGGUGUUUCACCAGGGGGACAUACUGUGUGGGAGGAUCACGCUAUUCAUCCCAGUUCCCCCUCCCCCCUGAACAGACGCCCAGACCGACCAGAGGAGUUGCUCGUGCAGUGACCAGGACACAUACCCACAACUGGCUUCCCACCCACAGAUACGGCCAAUUGUGUCUGUGGGGCACCCAACCAAGCCAGAGGUGUAGAUGUUCCAGGUGCAGCGGGACCCAGGCUCCGUGUCAGAGAGGGUCGGCGAGGCUGCUUCCACCUGGGCCACAGCACUCCUCUGAAACGCAGCUCGGCGUGGCCUCUUUCUGAGCCACCCUGCACCACAAACCCAGUACAGACAACAGAGCUGAGUCAGAUCGGCAGACAUUCAUAAAGGGAAGCCGUUUUGUGUGGUUGAACUGAGCUACUACCUCUUUCGGUGGCUUGGUCUUGUGCAGAGAAGGAGGUGGACUAAGAGACCGGAGUUAUCUUAGUCUGCUCUUCGACCUCUGACCUCUGCCGCCAUGACGACUGCAGUACAGCCCAGCGAGCUGGUGUUUGAAUUUGCCAGCAAUGGGAUGGACGAAAUCAACCAGCUGGAUGACCCGUCAGUGUUCCCAGCAGUCAUCGUGGAGCAGGUGCCCGCAGCUGACCUGAUGCAGGUCUAUUCAGGUCUGGAGUCUGACGAGGUGGCUAAUGGCAUCAUGGUGGACACCAGCCUUCAUGUGGUGGAGGAGCCCAUCCUUGUGGGGGAUGUGGACCUUUCAGAAACACCAGUCUCUGGCACAGAGGAUAGCAUGGAGACCAAUGAGGCUGCAGCAGCUCUUCUUAAUAUGGAGUCACCAAACAACAUUUUGGAUGAGAAACGCAUGAUUCACGCCUAUGGCACUCUGCUUGAGUCAGACCUGAGUUACAUCCCACUGAGACCUGACCAGAUAGACAACAGUUGCCUCGAGGUGUCCCUGGAUGAGGACACCUCAUCCAUGGAUGAGAUUCCCCAAAAGAGUCCCUCCAAGCCCCAGAAAAAAAACAAAGUGCGCAAGCCACGGGCAGUGCGUCCCUGCUCUCCAAUCACCACUCCGAACCUGCCACUCAGGAAGAAGAGCAAAGAGGGCAAAGGCAACACCAUCUACCUGUGGGAAUUCCUCCUGGCUUUACUGCAGGAUAAAAACACAUGUCCCAAAUAUAUCAAGUGGACUCAACGGGAGAAAGGUAUCUUUAAACUGGUGGACUCCAAGGCUGUGUCCAAGCUUUGGGGCAAACACAAGAACAAGCCUGACAUGAACUACGAGACCAUGGGAAGAGCUCUCAGGUACUACUACCAGAGAGGUAUCCUGGCGAAGGUGGAAGGGCAGCGGCUCGUCUACCAGUUCAAGGAGAUGCCAUCGGACCUGGUGGUAAUCGAGGAUGAAGACCCAGCCUCUGACACCAAUGCUGGGUACGGGAACCAGAGAUCCUCCAGCCACGGGCGAUCAGUGGUUCGUGGAAGCUCCAGAGGGCACGGGAAGUCCCAUGGUCAACACCCCGUGUCGUUGAAGCAGGUGAAGAAAGAGCCAUGCAAUGAAGGUCUGUACUACGAAGCCAAUGGUGACCAGUCAGAGCAGCUUCUUCAGACGGUUCACAUGUUGCAGCCUCAUCAGGGGGCGGCCAUGUCGGCUUCAGCACAAACUAUGAGGACGAUCAAUAUUCCUGCCUCAGUUCCCAUGGUUUUAACAUCCUCUGGCUCACUCCAGUCUGUGCCUCUCACCACUGUUCUGGCCAAUGGGGACUCGAACCACUCCUCUCCCCCACGGGUCAUCCUCCACACUGCUCCCUCCACCGCAGCAUGUGGUAAAGACGUGCUCACCAUCCAGACGGCCUCUCUGACAAAUGGGACCAGCAACCUCCCGGAUAGCCUCCGCCAGCAGCUUCUAGUCACCAGCCUUGGUUCCCCCACCACCUCCUCCCCGUCUUCCUACACCUCCCAAGCAGGAGUCCUCAGCUCCUCUGCCUCCAGUCUCAACAGUCUCCCCCACCUGGUCACCCUCAAUGCGGCUAAUGGUCAGACCAUGGUGACCCAGCAGCCUGGCACCGUAAUAGCCACUGUGCUCAAGUCCGGCGACUUCCAUGGGCUCCAGGUCAAAGAGGAGAUGCUGGACCCCAACUAUUUCCAGUCCCUGGUCAACAGUGAUCCGUCACUGGUGGCAAGUACCUUUGAGAAGGAAGAGAUGGUGGUAGGGGAUGCCGAGCUGAAUUAUAGGACUGUGAUCAUUGAUACCAGUCAAAGCCGGGAGCCCGAGGCUGCAAAUGAGACUACAGUUAACGGACAUUUUUCCCAAAGCAGCAGUCCCAGUGAGGGCCUGACCCCUGUGGAGGAGCUUGAAGUGCGUGGGGAGAUGUCCCUGCAGCCUGAGCUGGGGAUCAAGGGCCUUCAGGAGCUGCCAGUCUCCAUCCAGCUCCCGGCAAACUUUAUUCAGAUAAAGACAGAGCCCGCAGAGGCCUAGGGCUUCAGGACAUUUCCAUACAUGGUGAAACGAAAAUUACAAUAGCAUCAGUUUUGAUCAUAGACUCAGAGGUUUCCCUUUCCUUCCAGAGUAAUCUGAUCUUUGAGUUAAGGGAUCUUGCGCUAUGUUGCUCUUAAAAGGUGGCCAAUUUGGCCACAGAUAGUUUUUGUUUACUCACAUAUUUUUUGACCAUGUGCCUGAUUUUGACCGUCAAGGGAAUGUUAAAUUUUUCAAAGAUAUCAUUGACCAGAGACUACAUUCUGUAGACACCCUUACACACACACACACACACACACACACACACACACACACACACACACACACACACACACACACACACACACACAACCUUCCACUCGAGGAGAACAGCCAUUGGAUAAACCAGGGAUCCCCAAAUACCAACUGUGCCAGUCAGAUUAGUCAUUUUCCUACCUGUACACCUCAUCUGAUUUGUGUCAGACUUUGGCUCCAGUAGGAGAACGCAGCAAACCAAAAACAGCAGACUGAACGCCAAAUGAUGCAAUGAAAUGAGACUUACGGUAAACUCGGUGUGGUAUGUGGUUGUUCUUUUCAUAUUUUCUUUUUUUCUUAACCCACACUCGAGUUCCUCUUUCCCCAGGGCUGAGGGGUGCAGUAUCGUGGCAUCCAAUCAGAUGAAAAAUCACCUCUGACCUAAACUGAAGAGUGCCUUAUAGGAAGUUCAAACAGCUUAAGACUCUUCUCUGGAGAUGUCUGGGAAAAAGGUUCAAAUGGAUUGGAUGUUGUUGUUGUUGUUUUUUUUUCCACACAAAGAGUUGCAACUUUUCAGAAUUUGUUAUUUGUUAUUUUCACAUUGUCAAUAAGGUAUGUGUUUCCCCCCCCUCCAUUACUUCUAGCCUUAAAAAAACAGCAACACUGUGUUACUAUGGAAAUGGGCAUUUUCUGUCCACCAAGGACAGUCCAAUAUCAGACCUGUUUGUAUAUAGCUGCAGACCUAAAGCAGAGAGCGAUAGGGCAGGAGAAAUGGAGAGAGAAAGAGAGUACAAAAGAUAAAAUAGAUUCUAUCAGCCUCAGCUGCAGAGGCCUAUAUCUCCACAGUUUAAAUCAUGUUUAUAUGAAAUGGAAUAUAUAUGAAUAUACAUAUAUAUGCACAUAAUAUACAAUUGAGAUUCAAUUAUAAGGCCAUAAUGAAUUUAUUUAUUUGUUGAAUUUCGAAAUUCUGUAUAAAAAGGCACAUUUGUUUUUAUCUAUUUACAUAUGUAAACACGAGGGAACAUUACAAAGGAAAUGAAAGUAAUACCAGGAAGCUUAUUUGGCAGUUUCUUUCUUUGUUUUUGUUUUUUUAAGACCGAAACGUUUUAUUUUCAAAGCAUUCCAUGUAAUUAGUGCAGCUUCCAUAUUUUCACAGCUUCGAACUGGAGCCGUUGUGCAGCGCGGUUAUCCUGUUGAUGUCUUUGUCAAUAUCCUAUGCUGUGCAUUUGAUUUCGACAUGUACGGUUUUUCUCUCUUCAGCGGACAUACCUCUUUGCUUUUUUUUACAACAGUCAGGCGGGUGGGCACCACGUAGUAGAAUUAUACAUGUGUACUAAAUCGUAUGUGUACAUUGUAUGUGUACAUGUUUAAUAAUCCUACAGUAAUCCAAGCAUCUCUUGGAAAUCACGUCUUUUUUUUUUCUUUUUUUUUGGAGCUAUUUGAUGUGAUACCAAUGUGGUUUUCUGUGAUGCACUUGCCAUUCUGGUGCUCUCCUCUCCUCUCCUCUCCUCUUCUCUCCUUUUCUUUGGCCAGUUGAGUUUAUUCUUUCUGUAUUCUCUGUCCCAGUUUGUUAAGGACCUUUCAGCCAAUACAUGUGAUUGGCAUAGACGUUCUGCCAGUGCUGAAGCGAUAUUGAUUGUGAGUGCUAUCAUGGCUAAAUUGGUUGUAUUUUCACUUGGGCUAUAUCUGCAGAGUGAAGACAGUUGGACAACCUGACUUCCAUCUGCCCAGCACCUGAGGAUAAGAGUUAAACGCUGCUUUACAACCCCUAUGACGGCCAAUGGGCUCCAUAUCUGCAUUGACAAUCUGAAUGUAUACGCGCUGUACAGGUAUAUCCGAAUAGAAACAUUUUGACAAUCGAUAUUUACACCGGGUUGUGUUGUCCUGUUUCAUUCAAAUCAAACUGCACGGUAGUGCCGAUUAAGCAAAUUUUUUUUCUUGACAGUGGUUACAGAGUUUUAUGUUGUGUAUAUUUUUGUGUCUAUUCUGCCUUGACCAUAAAGAACUGUUGUUUGUUAGAUGCUGAGGUAUGUCCGCUGUUUGUUUCUGACUAUUAUGUUUUAUUGUUUCCAUCAUCUUUGGUUGUCAAUGGCUUCCCCUAUGCUGAAAAUAGAAUAGAUUUUCAAAUAAAAUUGAUGUAAUAAUUGAAAUGACAUUUUCUUUAAUGAAAUGCAGCCCAACUUGCAUACUUGUAUUUUAUUUUUUUGAAUUUCCCCCCCUUUUUCUCCCCAAUUGUAUCUGGCCAAUUACCCCACUCCUCUGAGCCGUCCCGGUCGCUGCUCCACCCCCUCUGCCAAUCCGGGGAGGGCUGCAGACUACUACAUGCCUCCUCCGAUACAUGUGGAGUCGCCAGCUGCUUCUUUUCACCUGACAGUGAGGAGUUUCACCAGGGGGAUGUAGCACGUGGGAGGAUCACGCUAGUCCCCCCAGUUCCCCCUCCCCCCCAGACAGGUGCCCCGACUGACCAGAGGAGGCGCUAGUGCAGCGACCAGGACACAUACCCACAUCCGGCUUCCCACCUGCAGACACAGCCAAUUGUGUCUGUAGGGAUGUCCAACCAAGCCAAAGGUAACACAGGGAUUCGAACCGGCGAUCCCCAUGUUGGUAGGCAAUGGAAUAAACCGCUACACCA